AUGGCUUCUUUAGAGAAUGAAAGUGUUCCGACACAGUCAAAGAAAGGGUUAUAUCAGCUGGAAAGUAAUGAUGCUAUGUUGGCUGCACAGAAGGCAAUGUCUCAAAAAUUGACGUCCCUCACAUCAAUCUUUGAAAAAUUUCAAGCAUAUGCAAUCCAAACACAGCCACCUCCACCAAUUUGUGACUUUUGUGGAGGAGAGCAUGAGAACACCAAUUGUGGAGCUCUUGGAGGAACUGAAGCAGCAUCAAUGAAUGGAAUCUGGAAUGAUCAGAGAAAUUCAGGAAACUUACAGAAGAAUCAAAGCAGUCCAUAUGGUGAUACAUAUAAUCCAAGGUGGAAAAAUCACCCUGGAUUCAAUUACAACUCCACUCAACACCAGCUCAACCCACCUAUUCCACCACAGUCACAACCUUCACAAAGUAAUCCUUCUGAGUUGGAAAAAGCAUUGAAGCAACUCUCAAGGACAACAAAUAAUUACAUCCAAGGUUCAGAAACUUUUAGAAAUGAGACAACUUUCUUCAUGCAAGAAACCCGAACUGCAAUGAGAAAUCAAGAAGCAUCAAUCAAAAAUUUUGAAACUCAGAUCGGGCAAUUAUCCAAGCAAAUUUUUGAGAGGGCUCAAGGUACUUUUCCAGGUGAGACCAUUCCAAAUCCAAGAAGGGAACACUGCAAUGCAAUUACUACUAUGAGUGAGAAAGUCAUUCAACCUAUAGAGAAGAAUUCUGAUGAGAAGAAAAGGAAUGAGGAAAAGGAAAAAGGAGAUGAAGCUGAUGCCAAUGCUGAUAUUGGGGGAAAAGAAAAGAAAGUUACCAAAGAAUCUGCUGCAGAAAAAGUUGUUCCUAAAAAGAAAGAGUUCAAAUGGGAGAAAAAGAAAGCUCAAGAAAGGCAAGAAAAGCCAUUUGAGCUCUCACCUUAUGCAAAGAUUCCAUAUCCACAGAGGUUCAGACAAGAAAUUCAAAAGCAACAGUACUCCAGGUUCCUUGAUAUUUUCAAUAAGCUGCAAAUCAAUAUCCCGUUUGCUGAAGCUUUGGAGAGUAUGCCCAAUUACGUGAAGUUCAUGAAAGAUUUACUGUCAAGAAAGCGUAAGCUGCAGGAAUGUGAGACGGUGACUCUGAUAGAGGAAUGCAGUGCCAUUAUCCAGAAAAAGUUGUCUCAAAAGCUAAAAGAUCCAGGAAGCUUCAGCAUUCCGUGCAACAUAGGCAAUGUGAAAGUGGAUAAUGUUCUAUGCGAUCUUGGGGCCAGCAUCAACGUUAUGCCACUAUCUAUGAUGAAGAAGUUGGGGAUCACUGAAGUAAAGCCAACCAAGACAAUAGUGCAACUAGCUGACCGCUCUACAAAGCAAGCUUAUGGCAUCAUCGAGGACAUACUGGUAAAGGUUGACAAAUUCAUCAUUCCUGUUGAUUUUGUCAUCCUUGAUAUAGAGGAAAAUUCUACUGUUCCUAUGAUCUUCGGAAGACCUUUCUUGGCAACCUUAGGAGCGCUGAUUGAUGUAUCGAAAGGCGAGUUGAUCUUACGGGUAGACGAGGAGCAAUCAAUUUUCAAAUUCUUUGACAAAGAAAUCCCCUCACCUAUAACUCAACCGGAAGAUCAAGUCUAUUAUAUUAGUGAAAAGAAAGGAGAAGAAAAGCACAAAGAAAAUUCUCCUCAAGAAGAAUCUUCAUUGCUACUUGGAAGAUAUCGUGUAAUUCCUGCAUCCUUACUACGUCAGUUAUUUGAAUAA